AGCCACGUCAACUUACAGCAGACCAAGAUGGCGGAGGUGAGCGGGCUGAGGAAGAGAAAUCACUUCGAGCCGAACUGCAAAAGCAGACUCGACGACGAAGGUUUGAGUGGAGUGGAGAAUGUUCACAAUUUUCGUCAGAAGCAGAAGCCUCCUUUAGCCAGGAUUGAUGACCUGGGGGAUGAAUUGUUUCUCACAACUACAGACUCAAUUUUAGACAAACGUGCCAGCUUCAGCCCCACACCAGAUGAAGAGCAGGCACUGUCUGCAAAGGCUGUGGUAGAAGAAGAAAAUGCUAGACCCAUUCAGAUAGUCUUGGCUAAUGAGGAUGAGCACAGCUUUGAGCUGGAUGCUGCGGCACUGGAGAAGAUCCUGCUUCAGGAUCACGUGAAGGACCUGAAUGUGGUGGUUGUGUCUGUGGCCGGGGCCUUCCGCAAAGGAAAGUCCUUCCUGCUGGACUUCAUGCUACGCUACAUGUACAACCAGCAAAGCAAGUCAUGGAUCGGAGGCGAGGAUGAGCCCCUGACAGGGUUCACCUGGAGAGGAGGAUGUGAGCGAGAGACCACAGGUAUCCAGAUUUGGAGCAAAGUCUUUGUGGUUGACAAGCCAGAUGGCACCAAGGUUGCCGUGUUGCUAGUCGACACCCAGGGAGCUUUUGACAGCCAAUCCACCAUAAAGGACUGUGCUACUGUGUUCGCCCUCAGCACAAUGACCAGCUCUGUUCAGGUUUACAACCUCUCCCAGAACAUACAGGAGGAUGAUUUGCAGCAUUUGCAGCUCUUCACAGAAUAUGGUCGUCUGGCAAUGGAAGAGAUUUACCAGAAACCUUUCCAGUCCCUGAUGUUCCUGAUACGGGACUGGAGUUACCCUUAUGAACACUACUACGGACUGAGAGGAGGAAACACCUUCUUGGAGAAAAGACUACAGGUGAAACAAAACCAACAUGAGGAGUUGCAGAACGUGAGGAAGCACAUCCACUCCUGCUUCUCCAACAUCGGCUGCUUCCUGCUGCCACAUCCUGGACUCAAAGUGGCCACAAACCCACAUUUUGAUGGCAGGCUGAGAGAUAUCGAUGAUGAUUUUAAGCGGGAGUUGGCCAAGCUUGUACCUCUCCUCUUGGCUCCGGAUCGCCUGGUGGAGAAAGAGAUCGGAGGCAAUAAAGUCACCUGCAGAGAUCUCCUGGAAUACUUCAAGGCUUACAUAAAGAUUUACCAAGGAGAGGAACUGCCUCACCCAAAGUCCAUGCUGCAAGCAACAGCAGAAGCCAAUAAUCUGACUGCAGUGGCCGGAGCCAAAGACUUGUACAGCAAGAACAUGGAGUCGAUCUGCGGCGGGGACAAGCCCUACAUCGCCCCGGCCGACCUGCAGCGCUGCCACGAGGAGUUUCGGGAACAUUCUGUGCAUCAUUUCCGCUCUGUGAAGAAAAUGGGCGGCGAGGAGUUCUGCCAGCGCUACCAGAACCAGCUGGAAGCGGAGCUGGACGAGACCUACACCAGGUUCUCCAAAAACAACGACGGCAAGAACAUCUUCUACGCAGCGCGCACGCCUGCCACUCUGUUCGUCGUCAUGUUCGUCAACUACAUAGUGUCUGGCGUGACGGGCUUCAUUGGUCUGAGCACUUUAGCAACACUGGCUAACAUGGUGAUGGGCGUGGCUCUGCUGGCACUCUGCGUCUGGGCGUAUGUGAAGUAUUCCGGAGAGUUUCGUGAGGUGGGAACACUGAUAGACCUGGUGGCAGAGAUACUGUGGGAACAGAGGACCGUAAGACAGGUCUUGAAGCCGCUAACUGAACAUUAUAUGGAAGACGGCGUCCGGCAAACGGUGGUUAACUCUCUCAAAGCCAGCUUGGCAGAACAAGGCUCACAGCACACCAAGUUAAAGACACCCUGACGCACCUCUUCGUCGCCCCCUCAUGUUCGUCACCGCCCUGUCCAAUUAUUUGACUUUAAGCCCGGGAAAUGUUAAACACCAAAGCUGACCUUUAACAACCCCCCUUCUCAAAGAAGCCCCUCAUGAGACCUGCUCCUUCUGUUUACUGUAGCGGACCUGCAGGCUUGCAGUCUGCCCUGUUCUUCAUCGCCCUCCAGUGCCUCAACGCCAAUACUACAGCAGAAGAUCUGGCACGACUUGAAACCGGACCUGAAGGACUGCCCUGCUCCCCCAGCGUGCCAAGCUGCGAGCGAUACUUCGUAACGCGCACACACACAUCUUCACUUAAACACAUCUGAACUCCUGCUGGUAGCUGACAGCGCCCUCUUCAGGAAUGGGCUAUAAUUCAGGGAUUAACUGAUACAGCUGGGGGCAGCUCGUAGUAACGAUGGAGGAAAACUGAAACACUUUGUGCACAUUGGAACUGCUUAUUGGCCGUGUUCAGUUUUCCCUCGUCAGCCUGUCUGAAAAACAAAGUAUAAAUGAUUAGGUUGGAAUAAGUAAAUAGUGCUAAGAUAUUAGUGCAGCUUUUUUUUUCUUUCAUUCUUGCCACAGUGAAAUCUGUAAACCGUUUUCCUGAUUAUAUUUGAUGGUUAAAUGAAGGCUUAACUGUAAGAGACAUGCCGGACAGCUUCGCCAUAGCCAGGCUUCCUAGCGCGAUCAUAAAAUCCAGGUGUUUCCCAAAAGCUUCGGAAUGUGACGGUAUCGUAAUUUAACGGGCGCCUGCAGACUCCUCAUCCGCUAAAACCUUCAUAAGCUCUGAAACCUGGAGACGAAGCUACAGACUGAAUCUGUCGGUCAGAUUUUACUGUUAUGACUUUCCAAGUAACGAGUUAUAUUCAGGACUGAUAGGAAAAAAUACAUAGAAUUACAUGGAGACACUUGAUUAUGUGUGAUUAUAUUCUGACAGAUUUAUUGGCAAUUUGUGGGGAGCGUCUUUUUGUUUUCAGUAAACUGGAAAAUGGUCCCGCUGCACAUGUUGAGGAAAGGGGUUUUUUUUGGGGGGGGGGGGGGGGCAUAUAACCAUUUGUUUUUUUUUUUUUUAAUUCUGACAGCAAAUGUGAAAAAUUCAUACAUGUAAAAUAUUUCAAUAUUCAGUUAUCAAAGACAACACUAAUUUGCAACGUGGUCCCGAUAAAGACUCAAAAUAAGCAAGAAGCAAAAUAAAGCCCAGAAAACAAAAUGAUGAACACGAGUAUAUAAAAAGCACCCCCCCCCCCCCAAAUAAAAAAGCCCCAACAGUUUAAACUCUACAAAUACAAAAGGUCUUAAAACAAAUGCAUGUUUGCUAAUUUCUAAUUAAUACAGACAAUAAACACAAGACUGUAGGGAUGAUAAAAGACGACCAUGGCUGCUAGCUUUGUAUUCAGCAUAGUCAUGAAAUUAUUUUUAAUUUGCGUAAAUGAGAAACUUUGGCGUGUGCUGCAGCUAAAUCAAUCAUCAUUCAGCAGCAUCAUAAAGUCAGAAGGCCGGCUGAUACGUAGUCCACGAAUAAUUGGAAAUUUGAAAAUAAACCACUUCAAAUAUAUCAUUUCCAAGUUAAUGAUUUGAAAUUGAUCUAUUUUGAACUAAGUGUGUAAAGUAUGUUUCCGGCUCCGUGGAGAGCUGACCUUAAGAGCUGCUUUGGGAAAUACCUUGAUUAUUUUUUUUUAAAUUUAUUUUAAUCGUUUGGAACAUUUCAGACAUUGGGAGGUUGGUUGGCCUCGUUCCACUAAUGAGUGCAGAAUAACAAAACACUCAAACUACAAACCGUAUCUUCUGCUAAGGAAGUAAAUGUUUUACAGUGAAACUCUGGGCUUUGGUUUGUUCCAGAUCUUUUACCGACUGUCUCUUUAUGAUGUAAUCAUGAAUAGAAUUAUAGGAACUUUUUCUUCCCCCACUUCUUUGUAAGCUGUUGUAUGUUUUCUGACUUUAAUCUUUACUUGCGGCCCUUUGCAUGGCGUUAAAGCUACUGUGUUGUAGCAAUAAGCUAUCUAAGAGCUCUUGCUGUAGUCUGGAAACUACAGGUUAUUGUGAAUCUUUCCGCUUCCACCACUUUUGAUUAAAGCCUCAUGAGCUCCUCCCCAGCGGGAGUUCUUCAGGACCCACAUGUCCUCAUUAUGCCGGCUGGUUUUUGGGUCACACAGCUUUACCGUAACUCACUGCUGUAGGUGUGUGAUAACUGCCAAACUCUUCUCGUGAGGAUUUGGUUUGUACGUCUGUCACAGCUGGUUUCCACAAAACGCUCGACACUAUCGUAGCAGACUGAGGAAAAACAAAAAUCUUUUGCACCGAAUCAUCCGUUAUUUCUCACCUCAAGCGCCAGUCUUGUACAGUCGUUCAUGUUGCAAAUCAGGCAGGUAUGUCAGAUUACAUAUUUAAUUGAAACUUUUGUUUUAUAGCGGUUCUGUUGAAGAAUGUGAAGUAGCUGCUCAGUUUUCUUUCAGGAAGAUGGAUGUUACGUUGAGUACUUGGAGUUCCUGUUUUGAUGGGGAACCUCGUGAUGAGUGCGUUGGACAUAAAUGUCUGUCUGCCUUUUAAAGAUUUUCAGUAAUUUAUUUUUGAAUAAAAUGUUUAAAUCAUCCCUACAUUUAAA